AUGCAUGUCCAACAACCUCUCUCCCACCUCUCGUUGUCGAAGGUCCCGUCUACUGAGCUUGACCUCAAUCGGUCGCCGACGUGCGCAGAUUUGGGGCCAGGGUGUACCCGGAAGUCCAGGGCCAUCCUGUCGGAGAACAUUCCUGUGUCCAUCAACCCGUUCGUCAAAAUGCCGCCGACCCUCACAACGCCUGCCGACGAGGGCAAUAUUCUGAAAAUACGCAAAGUGUAUGAGGCAUUCCUUGCGGAGUUCCCUCUAUGCUUUGGGUAUUGGAAGAAAUACGCAGAUCACGAAGGCCAUCUUGAUGGUGUCAGUAAAGUUAUAGAGGUUUAUGAACGGGCAGUUCUUGCAGUUACUUAUUCAGUGGACAUUUGGGUUAACUAUUGUCUGUUUGCAAUUUCGACACACGACGACCCAGAUAUCAUCAGAAGACUGUUUGAGCGGGGUCUGGCCUAUGUUGGAUCAGAUUUUCGUUCCAAUACUUUGUGGGAUGAGUACAUCAAGUAUGAAGAAUCACUUCAGGCAUGGAGUCAUCUGGCUGUGAUAUAUACAAGAAUACUAGAACAUCCUGUACAACAGCUUGAUCGGUACUUUAAUUGCUUGAAGGAGUUGACCACGACACGGAACCUAUCAGAAAUACUUACUGCUGAGGAAACUUCCAUGUAUGGUCUUACUGUUGAGAACAGUGCUUGGGCCCUUGAUGGAGAGGCACAUCAGAAUGAUGUAGAUAAAACUGCCGAACCUGAAAUUUCAUGUUCAACAGAAGCAGAGGACAAGGCAAAAUAUGUUUCUGUUAGAGAAGAGAUGUAUAAGAAGGCUAAAGAGUAUGAAUCAAAGAUUAUUGUUUUUGAGCAAGCUAUUAGAAGACCAUACUUUCACGGAGGCUUGCUCCGGUACAACCCCCUCCCCAAACUCAACAAAACCCAACCGGCGGAGUGGCAUCCACUGGGCCUCGCCGGUGCUGAGCUUCCCGGCACCUCCCUCUCCUCCGCUUCCCAGCCGGCCUCCUCCAUGGCCCCGCCUGCUUGCUCGCGGUCGCACCGGUGGUCGGAUAUGGUGGAGUACGCCUCAUCGGAGGAAAGUUCUUCCGUUUGGCCCUACAGCGACAUGAGGACAGGCAGCAGACCUAACCCGCCGCAGCUGAAAGGCACCGUGGCUUAUGCAUAG